UGUCUGCCUAUAGGCCUUGUAAUCCGCGGCCAUCUGAUGUCGUAUCAAAAUAUAAUUAAGUAACUAUCUAUUAUUCCACCCAGUGUCAUACAAGUAACAAUAUACAAGUGAAGUAGUGUUGUAGGUACAAGACUUGAGCCAGUAUCAGAUUAUAUAUGUGUAUAUAGUAUAUAUACUCAUUGAGAUGUCUAAGGUAUUGAAAGAUCCUCGAUAUGUAUCGAGAAGGCAACAAAGACGUCAAAUUAAUGAAGAGUAUCGAAAACUCUGUAAUACCAAUGUCAUUUCAUCGGUUUCUCGUCAUAUCCCAGCAACAGUUUGUACUAGUACAGAUACAAAAUCUGAUGCAGCUGAAUUCAACAGUAGUAACAUUACUACAGACUUACAGCUUAAUUCAAUAGAUUCCGAUAAUAUUGCCUUAAGUAAACCUAUUCACGGACACAACGUACCUCUAGAUGCGAGAACUUUACUUCAAGCACCUCGAAAGCUGGAAAUUAUUGAUAUGAGUCCGGGGCAUUAUUAUCAUUUUGGUCUAGUGCAAGGUUCAGUAAGAAGUGUCGCCAAGUAUUAUUCAACUGAAAAUUGUCCGAAAGAACUGCAAAUUAACAUCAAUGUAGAUGGACUUCCCUUGACAAAAAGUUCAGGCAGCCAAUUUUGGCCUAUUCUAGCAUCUGUCGAAGCAGAUUUUUAUACCGAACCCUUCAUCGUUGGUCUAUAUCAUGGUAGUAAUGAAUUUAUGAAGUAUUUCACCGAAGAGUGUAGUAAGAUCAUUGAUGUACGUUUGAGUAUAGGUAAUAGAACAGUUCCCAUUAAAAUUAAUGCAUUUGUUUCCGAUACACCUGCGAAAUGUUUCAUUACCGGAACCAAAGGACAUAACGCUUAUUUUGGCUGUGGGAAAUGGGUGCAGGAAGGAGAAUUCAUUGAUAAUCGAGUGACAUACCCUGAGACAACAGCAAGAUUACGAACUAAUGAAUCAUUCAGAUUGAAAACCAAUGAAGAGCAUCACAAAAAAACAUCCAUCCUUGAAAACUUAUGUAUCAACAUGAUAUUAGAUUUUCCAAUAGAUUAUAUGCACUUGGUCUGUUUAGGUGUAAUGAAAAAACUGUUACAGUUUUGGAUCAAAGGAAGCAAAGAUGUUAGAAUGACAAAUUUUCAGCGUAAACGAGCAUCAGAUCUAUUACUAUUAUUAAAUAAAUCCAUAAGCAAAGAAUUCGCGAGAAAGGCAAGACCUUUGGAGGAAGUAGAUCGCUUCAAGGCUACUGAACUACGACAAUUGUUAUUAUAUACUGGACCAAUAGUAUUUCGUGAUAAUUUGCCUCGUGAUAAAUACAAUCAUUUCCUAUGCUUGAGCGUUGCGAUUCGAAUUUUAGCAAGUCCUGAAUAUCACAUAAAAUUGAAUGAUUAUGCCAGAGAACUGCUACAGUAUUUUGUUGAAUCUUUUCCGUCAUUCUAUGGUCACCAGCAUAUUUCAUACAAUGUGCAUAAUUUCAUAUACCUUUGUGAUGAUGUAAAGUUAAAAGGGCCUCUAGAUAAAUUCAGUGCGUUUAAAUUUGAAAAUUAUAUGCAAAAAAUUAGAAAGUCAUUAAGAACAUCCAGCAAGCCUUUACAACAACUCAUAAAACGUAAUCAAGAAGAAUGUAUAAUCGACGUCCAAUAUGAAAAAUUUGAAUAUCCAAUCAUAAAAUAUGCAAUCCCGGAAGAGAUAAAUGAGGGCAAAAAUACAUCCAAUCUAUUCAAUAUCGUGAUUUUUUUGUAAGUACGAAAAUGUCUGACAAUUGCUGUUGCUUAAAAGA